AUGGCCUCGCCCGAAACAAUAAUAGACAGCAAAAUUCGGGCCGCCGUGUUGGAGCCACAAGCCGGGUUUUACCGCGCUGACGCACGACCCGGGAGGGCUAUAAGGAGAUCCGAUAAUCACAAAGCGGAGUCCGAGGUAAACGAAGACCGUGCCAACAUCACCAAUAACCAAGUCAUGAACCGUUCCCGCUAUGUUCCAAAUCCGGUCUACUCCGUCAACCCCUACCAGCAACAGCAACAACAACAGCAGCAACAACAACAAUAUGCCGCCGCCCAACAACAAGCCCAGAUGCAGGGCAUGAUGCCCGGCCAGCCCAUGCCCAUGCACCCCUCCGCGUACGGCAACCCCCAACCCGGCAUGAGCCAGUCCCCCAUGCAGCCCUCCAUGUCCCCGAACGCCAUGUGGGCAGCCAACUUUGCCAACGGCCCCAUCAUCGAGGAUCUCUGCGCACCACCACCACCCAUGGGCAUGCACGCCUCGCCGCCCAUGAACGGCAUGUACCCGCGCAUGGCCAUGGGCCCGAUGCACCCGGGCGGCAUGCCCCAGAUCCAGAACGUCUACGGCAUCCGCCAGCCGACCCCGCAUCCCUUCGCCCAGGGCAUGCACCCGGGCCAGGGCCAGCCCAUGCAGGGGAUGCCGUCAUCGCGGGUCAUGGGGACAUAUCCGCCGUAUACGGGCCAGCAGCAUGGGAUCGGGAUUGCGUAUCCUAGACAGAUGGAUCCGAAUGCCAUGAUGGUGCGGCCGAGGUUGGAGACGGGGUUUGCUAAUCCUGUCCCUACCGGGCCAGGUGGGAAUGGGUUGGGGAUGGGGCAGGUCGCUUCGCCGAAUAUGGGUGGCAGCCCGGGUGGCGAGGGGAUGCCGCCACUGACGCCGGUGGAGGAGGCGUUGAGGGGGUUCUUGAGCCCGGAUCUUGGGGAUCUUGGGGAUUUGGGGCGUCAAUGA